AUCAAAAAGAAAAAUAAGCUUGGGAAGGAGGAGCUACACACUUUCUUUCUCCAGAAGGUUCAGAAAUCUCUCAUUUUGCUUUCAAAAUCCAAAAUGGCAGCAACUGGACUUUCUCUUCCGCACUCUGUUUCCACUUUUCCUCCCAUCACUUUCGCUUCUUCGAGCUUCUCUGCGUCUAAGAUUGGCGCGAAGCGGCGGACUUGCGGCGGAGGUGGUUGGAGGAAUCCGAGAGGAGCGGCGGCGGCGAGGUGCUGCACGGCCGUGGCGGAGAAGGACCGGACGGUGACGCUGAAGAACGGCAAUGAUUCUCUGGAUAUAUGUAGAAUCCUGAACGGGAUGUGGCAGACUAGCGGCGGCUGGGGAAGAAUCGACAGAAACGACGCCGUUGAGGCGAUGCUCAAACACGCUGAUGCUGGCCUCACUACCUUCGACAUGGCCGACCACUAUGGACCAGCAGAAGAUCUUUUUGGCAUCUUCAUCAAUAGAGUUCGCCGAGAGCGUCCUCCAGAGUAUCUGGAAUCUGUAAGAGGCCUUACCAAAUGGGUGCCACCACCUGUGAAAAUGACCAGUAGCUUUGUUAGACAAAACAUUGAUGUUUCAAGGAAGAGAAUGGAUGUUGCAUCUCUGGACAUGCUUCAAUUUCAUUGGUGGGAUUACUCGAAUCUUGGGUACCUAGAUGCAUUGAAGCAUCUAACAGAUCUGAAAGAAGAAGGUAAGAUAAAGACGGUUGCUUUAACCAACUUUGACACCGAGAGAUUACAUAUAAUCUUGGAAAAUGGCAUCCCAGUUGUUAGCAAUCAGGUGCAACAUUCAAUAGUUGAUAUGCGUCCUCAACAGAAAAUGGCAGAGCUUUGUCUACAAUCUGGAGUUAAACUUAUAACACUAUACAUCAUCAGCUGCCAUUGAACAUCAAACUUUUUUUCAUGAAAUUAAAUAGGAAUCAAUUUU